CUCUCUCUCUCAGUACGUAAUUAUAUUGAUUAUAUAUAUGUAUAUAAAAGAAAUAAGCAUGUGGGGAAACAGAAUGCCCAAUAAAAUCGCUGGAAUUAUCCAAUCGAGAAUCACAUACGCAUUGAUGGAACGACCGAGUGUCAAGGUUCCUCACGAUCAAGCCCGGGAAUCUCUCAUCGCGAUAGCGUACUCCUCACCCGAGGAGUCCAAGCCGUUCGAUAUUUCACCCGGAAACAAGGUCAUUGUUUCCAGCAAGAAAGGAGUCAAUCCGGCAGCUGGGGAUGAAGCAGAGAGGCUCAGGUCUGAACUCAUCUCAAUUUCCUACAUCCAGUCACCGGAUGCUGCCCUUUGCCCGUAGGCCAGCAAUGGUGUCUGUCACGGAUAGCAGUAUGCAUAAAUGUAUAGUUGGUAUUGAAGUCAUCUUCUCUAUGUCUCAAAGAGAAGUUAUAGAUUUUGGUGUGGUUGAAA